AUGGAUCGCCGAACUUACGAAAGCCCCAUGGAAUGGGAAUAUCAGGACCGAGGCCCUCUAGAUGCGACCAGCCCGUUUUCACAAGUUGCAAAGAGCAACACUCAGAACAACAUCACUCUUCUCCCCAGGAUACAGAGCAGCAACACGGCGCCACCGUUCCGAAACCCGGCUUUCACCACCCCGCGCAAACCCUUUGACGAGAGUGCCUUUUCGGAGGCUUCAGGCGCAGAAUCGAGCCCCGCUUUGACCGAAAAUUCCGAGCUUCCAGAUGAUACCCCCGACGUCGACAGAUACGGAGACACGAACAUGGGCACCAUUACGCCUUCCAAGAUUGACAAGAGCUUCCGCUAUGGCAAGGCCGGUCUCCAGUCAUCCAAGCGCCAUGCGCCGGGCAAGGGAGAGAUCCCUAGAAGUGCACGAGAAUACCCCGCCAUAAGGAAGCGGAAGCGACACAACCUGGACAGAGAUGUCGGAAGCGUACGCUAUCACGGCUCACAAGACUGGGAUGACUCGGAAGACGACUCGGACGAUGAUGGAUCUCGCUCGGCGGGAGCUCGCGGGGGCAAGGGCAGCAAGAAGAAGAACAAGAACGGCAGCGGCUGGAUCAGCAAUCUAUUCCACACUCUGGAGGAACACCCCAACGCCCCCGAAAAUCUCUAUCGCUGGAUCCAACUUUUGGUCAACUGCAUCAUUGUGUCGGCCUUUGUCUUUUUCUGCUGGUCCAUCUUGGACACCGUUCGGUCGGAUAUUCGAACCGCCAACGACGCGGCUCGUCUGGAAAUCGAAAAUAGGAUGGCUGAGUGCCGGACCGAAUACCAGUUGAAUGAAUGCGCCAAGAAGGACCGGCCUGCAUUGAAGGCAAUGUGCGACGAAUGGUAUGAGUGCAUGAUCCAGGAUCCUUCUGCCAUUAUGAGGGUUCGAGUCACUGUCAAGCAAAUCGCGGAAAUCUUGAACGAAUUCGCCGGCGCCAUGCAAGUCAAGGCCUGGGUGUUCUUCUUCGGCAUCCUUCUCUUGUGCAUCGUCGCCAACAACCUGACAUUGGGCCGGAUGGCAAACAAUGCUGGCCCCACCCACCCGGCUCCGUCACACCGCGCUGCGCCUGUUGCUGCUCCGGAACCAUCGGUAAUCCCGGAGCCUUCGCAGGCGUACAUGUGGGUUCCUAUUCAAACACCGUCACACCGCCGUCACAUCCAGUAUGACAACGACGACACCGACACGGACGCAUCGCCGCCAAAGAUGAAGUCGAUUAUGCCGCCCCGGACGCCUUCCGCACGUCGUAGUCCAAGCAAAGGUGAUCGGGAUCGACUGCGUAGCCCGACUAAGUAUGGAGGACUCAGUCCCAUCAAGGGGUACUGA